AUGUAUAAAGAAAUAAACAAAAAUAAAAGUUCUAAGAGUGAAAAUGAAAGUUUGUCAACAUCAUUGCAAGCUAUUGAUUCAAUUCUUUGUAUGGAUGAUACAAUACUAAACAGUAUUGAAAAGGACAAUUUCACUCAUGAAUGGAGUAUGCUAGAUAUGUUUGAAGUAGAUCAAAAAUGUGAAAAAUCACCACCUACUGUUAACAGCAAAGGAGAUUUACAAACAAAAAUUGAGGAGAAAGAUGCUGUACAUACGACUUGCAAUGUACAAAACGAAAAGAAUAAUAUUUGGCAGAAUGAAACAUUCUUGAAUGAAGCAUUUACACAAUUUGUUCCUUCACAAUUUGAAAUGUGCACAAAAGAAACAGGCCUCAUGCAAUGCUUAGAUUCAAUGCAUUUAUCAAGAAAUAAACAACAGAAUGUGAAUUCAUUAAAAAGAAGUGUAGUUGAUUACAACAAUGACAUUCCAAAUAAAAUAUAUCAUUCAGAGGACAAGAAAGCAAGUGAAUUAUAUACAAGAACUUAUUCCAUAGCUUCAACAAAACAUUGUACAUUCUAUGGAUUACCAGAUAGAGUAAAGAACAUUUUCUUACGAAUUAGGGGUAUUGAAAAACUUUAUGAAUGGCAGGAUGAGUGCUUAAAUCUAGAUGCAGUAAAAAAUAGGAGGAAUUUAAUUUAUGCUCUUCCAACAAGUGGAGGUAAAACAUUAGUUGCAGAAAUAUUAAUGUUAAAAGAACUUAUAUGUAAUAAAAAAAACGCAAUGUUUAUACUACCAUUUAUUGCUAUAGUUCAAGAAAAAGUUCAAUCAAUGGCACCAUUUGCAUUAGAAUUAGGUUUUCUAAUUGAGGAGUAUGCUGCGUUAAAAGGAACUUACCCACCAAGAAAGCAUAGAAAAAAAAACAGUAUAUAUAUGUGUACUAUAGAGAAAGCAUUAGGUUUAAUAAACAGUUUAAUAGAAGAAAAUCGUUUUAACGAAAUUGGUAUUAUAGUUGUGGAUGAACUACAUCUCCUGGGUGAAGCUGGAGGAAGAGGUGCUACAUUAGAAGGUCUUUUAACAAAAGCAUUGUAUGUUAAUGAUAAUGUUCACAUAGUUGGAAUGAGUGCAACAAUAGGCAAUUUAGACGAAAUAUCAGAAUUUUUAAAUGCGGAUUUAUAUACUGGAAAUUUUCGACCUAUUGAAGUUAAAGAGUAUGUUAAAUGCGAUGAUAAUAUUUGGUUGCUUGAUUUGAAAACAGAAGAUUUAUUGACGGAUUUGAAGAAAAUUAAUUAUCGUUAUUCAAAUGAUGCAGCAAUCAUAGACCCAGACAGAAUCGGAGGUUUAGUAAUGGAUGUAGUUCCAGGAGACUCGUGUCUUAUAUUCUGUUCGAGUCGCAAAAAUUGUGAAAAUGUUGCUUUGUUGUUAACUAAAGUUUUGUUCACAUCAUUGGAGAAUUAUAAAAAAGAUGAAAAACAAAAGUUAUUGAAUGCACUUGAAACAGAAGAAGGUCUUUGCCCUAUUUUACGUAAAACUAUAAAAUUUGGCGUAGCUUACCAUCAUUCUGGUCUUACAUCUGAAGAAAGACAAUUAUUGGAAGAUGCUUUUAAAGCAGGAACUCUUUGCGUAAUAUGUUGUACAUCAACAUUAGCAGCUGGAGUAAACUUACCAGCCAGAAGGGUCAUAUUACGAAGUCCAUAUGUGGGUAACCAGUUUUUGAGUUUGAAUAAAUAUAAACAAAUGGUAGGACGAGCUGGUCGUGCUGGUAUGGGAAGUAUUGGAGAAAGCAUACUUAUAUGUAAAAGUAAUGAACUACCGAAGGUAAAACAAAUUUUAACAUCCAAAAUGGAUGAUUGUUUAAGUACAUUACACAUGGACAAAGACAGAGGCAUAAAUAACUUAAUUUUGAGUGCUACAUUAUUCUCUAUAGCAACAAAUAGAUCGGAAUUACAUAAAAUAACAAGAAGGACAUUACUUCAUAUUCAGCAGAAACGUCUAGAUAUAAAUAUUAAACAAAUCACAGACGAAGCAAUAACUGAAUUUUUAAAAAGUGGUGUAAUGAAAGUAAAGAAAAAAGAAAAGAAGAUCAAUGAGUUUGAACCAAAUGUAACUGUUGCUAUUCCGUCGCAAAAUGUAUGUUUCAAUGAUAAAGGUACACAAAUAAAAGGGAAAAAGAAGAUAGCACUUACGAAAGAAACUGAAUUAGAAUUGUGUAAUUUGGGACGUGCGGCUAUGAAAGGUAACAUUGAUAUACAAUGCGCACAUACGUUAUAUCAGGAUUUAAAAAAAGCACAGGAACAUUUGAUUCUUCUUGAUUAUUUACAUCUGUUAUAUAUUGUUACUCCAUACGGUAUAAUAUCUCAAAUAAAACCAGUUGGAUCAGUCUAUUACAAUGUGGUGAUUAAUUUAUCCGAAGCACAGAUGAAAACAGCAAGACUUCUUGGGAUCAAUGAAAUAACUGUUGGAAAAUUACGUGAUGGUUUAACACCUAAGAACGUAGAAUCAAGAGUAAUUCAAAGAUUUUACGUAACAUUAAUAUUGCAUGAACUAUGGGCACAUCAUGCAGUUUACACAAUUGCAGACAAGUUCCAAGUAAACAGAGGUGUUAUACAAAAUCUUUUGUCGUCUGUAUCAUCCUUUGCAUUUUCUGUGGUUCGAUUUUGCCAGGAGUUAGAUGAAUUUUGGGCGUUCAGAGAUUUGUUAAAUACAUUCAGUAAAAGAUUAUCCUAUUGUUGUCCUUUGGAGUUAGAGGCAUUGAUGGAGUUGCCAUUAGUGAAAAUUGGCAGAGCGCGUCAAUUGUACAAUGCAGGUUAUAAAACAGUGCAGUGUAUAGCAAAAGCGAGGCCAAUGGAUUUACAAAAAAGCAUUCCGUAUUUAAAUGCAAAAACUGCGACAAAAAUGAUUGAAGUUGCUACACUGUUAAUAGUGGAAAAAGUAGAAAAUCUAAAAGAUGAGGCAGAAGACGUUCUAGAUGGCAUAGAUACUUUAAGAGGAUUAAGUUCUUUGAUUUUGUAAUAUGUUGAUUAAAAUUUUGAUAAAGUUUUGUAUAAUAUGAAAAUGUUAAUGAAAUAUCUUCUAAUUGUGUAUAUAUACUUAAAGAUUUAUAAAAAUAAACUGUUUAAUAUCGUUCUCAAAGAAUGUCACAAAAACCUAUUUGUUUAGUAAAUAAAAUAAAAUUUAUUUUCUAUCA